GGCGGCCGGGAUCCGGGGGUCCCUUCCCGUCCCGUGUCCAGGGAAGAGCACAAGUGGGUGGGAGAUGAGGAUCGGCCUUGCGGAGGCGCAGCAGGAAAGGAGAGAAGCCGGGCGAGGAGGAGGCAGGAUUCGCACCCGGCUCCCGGAGGGAUCGAUCCUGUCUCCGGAGGGGGAGAGAAGCGAGGCGGCCUCUCCAUCUGCCUCCUUCCUGGCCCUCCUCAGGGGGACUUGGGCCUUGUGCUGGGAUGACCCGCCUGGGGCUCAGGGCAGGUUGGGUGAAGGUUGUUCAGGGGCUGAAUUCCACUUUCUAAUUCUUGGCGUUGGUUUUUCUUUCCAUCUCAGAUACAGAAACUUGAGGCUACUUGAAAUCUUUGCAAGCCAAAAUUUUGUCUUGGGUGAAAAAAAGAGCGGAAUAAGUUGCAGGGAUCUGUCCUGUGGCCCCAGAAAUGGUCCUGUGAAGGAAAAGGCAUCUGGAGAUCCACAAGAGUGCUUGGACCCAUUUGGAGUUGCUCUGCAGGAAAGAGAAAGGAUGGAGACACACCAGUUUGUAAAGGAGGAAACUAGGAAAGGCCCUCCAGCUGUUCAGCCUGGGAAGGGUGGAGAGAUCUGGACAAGACCUAGGGAGGAGAUCCUGGAGGAGGAAACCAUCCUCCCUUCAGAAGUUCAGCCCUGGAACUUCAUCCAAUGCCAGGAGGUUGAGGGUACCCGAGGACUUUGCAGCCGACUCCACGACUUUUGUAGGCGAUGGCUGAGACCAGAAAAACACACCAAAGCUCAGAUGCUGGACCUGGUUGUUCUGGAACAGCUCCUGUUCCUUCUGCCCCCAGAGAUGGAGGGCUGGGUGAGGGAGUGUGGAGCAGAGACCAGUUCCCAGGCAGUGGCCCUGGCUGAAGGCUUCCUCCUCAGUCAGGCGGAGGAGCAGAAGAAGCAGGUCCAGUUGCAGUGCUGCACUAUGGAGAUCAGAGAUCCUGAGGGAAAGAAGAAUCCAUCAAACCCCCCUCAGGAGCUAUUUUUCAGGAGGAUCCCUUGGGAAGAUCAAAAUCUGGACACCUCAGGAG